AUGGUAGACUCUCUUUCUCCACUGAUUCAAAAAUGGUUGGAGUGGGACCAAGACCCCACCACCCGCGCCGAGAUCCAACAGCUUCGGGACUCUGGCGCUAUUGCCGAUCUUGAACAACGGCUUCAGAAACGAAUUCAAUUCGGGACUGCAGGCCUUCGCGGCCGGAUGGCGGCAGGCUUCUCCUGCAUGAACUCUUUAACCGUCAUCCAAGCGUCGCAAGGCCUGGCCAAGUAUUUAAAGGAGAAGCAUACAGAUAUUGCCUCGGGCGGAGUGGUUAUCGGUCAUGAUGCUCGUCAUAACUCUGCCAAGUUUGCAGCUCUGGCUGCGAAUGCCUUCAUCUCACAGCAGAUCCCGGUUUGGUUCUAUUCCGAACCCUCUGUGACUCCAUCGGUGCCCUUUGGAGUAACUCACUUGAAAGCUGCUGCUGGUAUUAUGAUCACCGCAAGCCAUAACCCGGCACAAGAUAAUGGCUACAAAGUAUACUUCAAGAACGGCGCCCAGAUCAACACCCCCGUUGAUGUAGAGAUAGCCCAGUCGAUUGAGGAAAACCUCGCCCCAUGGCCUGGUGCCUGGAAAGAUCUCCAGGCUUGCGAAUAUCUACACGCUGAUGCGUAUAAGACCAUCUUACCUCACUAUACAAAGACGGUUUGGGAUUACGCGAACUCAACUGUGUCUGACUGGAAACAACCAAGGCCUUUUGUCUACACACCCCUGCACGGAGUUGGAGGCCUUGUCUUCCCUGAUCUCUGCCGGUCUGUGGGCGUAACCGAAUUCACUCCUGUCCCGGAGCAAGUAGAGCCCAACCCGGAUUUCCCCACAGUAUCGUUCCCCAACCCCGAAGAAGCGGGAGCUUUGGAUCUGGCUAUGCAAACCGCCGACAAGGAAGGCAAAACCUUGAUCAUUGCCCAUGAUCCAGAUGCGGAUCGUUUUGCUGCCGCUGAGAAAGUUGACGGAUCAUGGUUUUCUUUCACAGGCAACCAUAUCGGAGUCUUACUCGCAUCUCAUCUAUUCGAUUCCCUGGAAAACAAAAAGGACGACACACGCAUCGCGGUCCUAAACUCCACAGUGUCCACAGGCAUGGUCGAGAAAAUGGCAACAGCGAGGGGUAUCCAAUUCGAAGAGGCACUAACCGGCUUCAAAUGGAUGGGGAACAUCGCCCGACGCCUCGAAGGCGAGGGCUACACUGUCCCCUACGCAUUUGAAGAAGCACUAGGCUACAUGUUCCCAGCCGUCUGCCACGACAAAGACGGCAUUACAGCAGCAAUGGUCUUCCUAGCAGCACAGGCCAAAUGGCAGUCGCAAGGACUCACCCCGUACAUGAAACUACAGCAGCUCUUCAAGGAAUUUGGCCACUACGAAACCCUCAACAAUUACUUCCGGUCCCCGAACCCGGAGACAACAAUGGCUUUGUUCGGAGCCAUUCGGAAUGGGCCGUAUAGAACCGAGAAGACCCUGGGCCCGUUCAAGAUUCUGCGCUGGCGAGACAUGACCGAGGGCUAUGAUUCCGGUACAGCUGACAACAAGCCUACGCUGCCGGUUGAUAAGUCCAGCCAGAUGUUGACUCUCUGGCUGGACCAGGAUGUGCGGUUUACGUUCCGCGCCUCAGGGACGGAGCCGAAAGUUAAGCUGUAUGUUGAAAGCUGUGGAGCGUCUCGUGAACAGGCUGUGGAUGCUGUUUGCAAUGCCUUCCUUGCGGUUUUGAAGGAAUGGGUGCUCCCCUUUGCGCCGUCUAUGACGUAUAGCAGACAGAUGCCGACAUCCUCCGGCCACGUGUUUCAGAUUCCCGAAUAG